GAGUAUCAUUGAUUUUGAACGACGGUAGUUAAUUUGCCCGUUUGCUAAUUCGGUGUUGAUUAAACAGUUUAGCUUAAUAUAUUGUAAGAUGAAUGAUGAAUGCCCUUUUCGCAAAAGUGACUUAUGAAUGUUUUAUUAGAAAAGUUGCCAUGCGUAACAUGCCAUGUACAGGUACGCCUUCACUGUCUGUUAUCGUCAAGGAAACUGUUAUGGUAACGCGUGUUUGGCCAACCCGCGCCGAUACAUGAAAUUGCCUAGUCACCAUUGGGAAGUCCAUCAAUGGUACCGGUCAUUUAAACCACUCUAUAUGGCCAAAGGACACUUGCACGUGAUGGUCUAUCAGGCUACUGCGGGGCUAUGUUCGAAAAUAGAACAGCUAGAGCAGGGUUUCCUGACAUAAUGGACGAACUUCCCGGUCUCCGAUCUAAAUACAAUACUUCGAGGACGCAGUGUGCGAUUUCGAAAUAAAUUGAAUACAUAAUCUUCAUCAACGAGUUAAUACAUAUGCAGACAAUGCGUGCGUUGUGACACAUCAUACACAUACAGUGUGCUAAUAGCGGGACAUCGGAUUACACGUGUAAUUGUGUGCUAAUACUGGGACAUCAGAUUAAACGUGUAAUUGUUUGCUAAUACUUGGACAUCAGAUUACACGUGUAAUUGUGUGCUAAUACUUGGACAUCAGAUUACACGUGUAAUUGUGUGCUAAUACUCGGACAUCGGAUUACACGUGUGUCUGUGUGCUAAUAUCGCGACAUCGGAUGGAAUGUGUAAUUGUGUGCUAAUAGCAGAGCAUCAGGUGUGUGCUAAUAGCGGGACAUUGGAUUACAAUUGUAAUUACGUGCUAAUGCCGAGAUAUCGGCUGCCACGUGUAAUUGUGUGCUAAUACCGGGACGACGGAUUGCACUUGUAAGUGGGCGUCAUUACCGGGACAUUGAAUGGCUUAUGUUUUUUCUGUCGAUACCGGAACCUCGGAUAUAUGUGGAACGUUUUUUGUUGACAUUUGUAGUUGUGAGAUGACACCGCGUAGUUUUGUGGUUAUAUUGGGCACAAUUGACUUAGUUAAGCUAUUGUUUUAUGAUACUUUUGUUCGCGUAUAAUAAAUAGGACGUGAAUAAUUCAGGAGCGGUUCAGAUGCUAGUGACGAGUCGAUUCAAGGUCUACUCUGUAUAUACACGCUUUCCUCUUAAGUUGACGAUGUUAAUGUCGAUGACUGGGUUGUAAACGAACGAAUUUUUACAUCGUAGUAAGAACUUGCCUUGUAAACUGUCCAUUGCCGUUAACCUUCUUUGUAAAUAGUUAGCUGUUGUCUCACCUCACUAGUUGUGAUACGGGAUAAAAACUUAUGAAACCAAUUGAUGGUAAUUGAUAUUAACAUAUCGGAGCACCUAUUCCGGGAACGUUAUCUGGAUCAUGACAACGUCAGCCAACGUCUGUGCCGUGUUUCUAAGCUCCUUUCACGGAAUACAUAGGGAGUACAGUUUGACGUAACGGAUGACCAAAAGUGCCCGCAUGGGGUGCGGAAGUUCAAAAUCACGAGGACAGCAAAAUAUCAAACCAAACGACGGGAGCACGGACGACCCACUCCACCAAUAUCUGACUGACAGACAGAUUAACUUAGUGAGGGACAGCUGGGAUCUUAUACACGAUUCCUCGUCAAUGGAGGUCGGGUUGACGAUAUACUCUAGUUUCUUCCGGUCAGUUGAGAAUGAGAUCCUAGUACUGUUCCCGCGAGUGAUUCGGACUGAGGACGGCGGAGAGAGUCUGGGUGUGGACGAAGAUAUGCUCAAAGCCCAUGCGCUGCGCGUGAUGGAAGGGCUAGACACCAUCGUCACAUAUCUGGACGAGCCCACAAAAUUGAAAACAUACUUAGAGUACCUAGGUAAACAGCAUCACAACAGCAAUGUGAAGACCCGGAUGUUAGAGCGGUUAUGGCCCUGUAUAGAUGAAAGUUUCAACGCUACCCUCGGGGAUGUAUACUUGACUGAUGUACGCAUUGCCUGGCGAAACAUGAUGGAGUUCGUCAUCUUCAAAAUGACUAACGUUAUGACAGAGGAAAUGAACUCACAACGGACUGCGCAUGUCAACGGGAACGGAACUGCGUCAGUCACGUGAUGAAAAUUACUUAAAACAUGCCAAUUACUGUGAUAUAAAACUAUGAUGGUUUGGCACCAUGAUCAGUGUCAAACAGAUGCUUGUCUGGUAAUUUGAUGGAAAACGCACGCGUAUAAUAACACGGAGACGUCAUAUUGUGAUUAAAAAACAGCUGCUGUUGAUUUGUUUUUAUCAAGUGUUUAACUGAAAACCACGAAAGUGCUGCUGAAAUAGUUUGAUGGAUAAUGUUUUCUACAAGGGACUCAUCUUGGAUCGGAAGCAUAUAAAACACUCACGAUUAGCUAAAUGUACCUGCUGAUGUAAAGUAAGAUGUUCUACAUUCUGCUAUAACGUAAUACAUGUACAUGUAUAACAGAGAGUCUAUAUCUACAUUAUGAUGUGACAGAGAUAUUAGAUAUUUUUAUCUAAAAUAAGAGAUCCGCCUUUUGAUGUAAAAUAGAAAUGUAACCUUCUGAUGUAAAGUUUACGUUUGAUGUACAUUGUGAAGUAAGAAAUUAUGUCUUCUGAUGUUUAGUAGAAAACAUUUCCAUUUUAUGUAAGAGUAAGGCUCUUCCUUCAACUGUAUCGUACAAAUACCUUUAGAUUCAUUUUAAAAAAAAGUCUACAUUCACCUUGUGAUUCAAGUCGAGAGCUAACAUUUUCGUGUAAAAUAUGAUAUCCACCUUUUAGAGUAAAUUUGUUAAGUAAGAUUUUCUCCUGUUGGUGUAAAGGUAGAGAUCCUAAGUUCUGAUGUAAAGUAAGAUUACCGCCUUCUGAUGUAAACUGGUAAAGUAGGGUAUUCUGUAUUUUGAUGUAAAGUUAGAAAUUCUACAUUCUGAUGUAAAGUAAGAUAUCCACCAUCUGAUGUAAACUGGUAAAGUAGGAUAUUCUGUAUUUUGAUGUGAAAAUAGAAAUUCUACAUUCUGAUGUAAAGUAAGAUAUCUGUCAUCUGAUGUAAACUGGUAAAGUAGGGUAUUCUGUCUUCUGAUGUAAAGCUAGAAAUUCUACAUUCUGAUGUAAAGUAAGAUAUCCACCAUCUGAUGUAAACUGGUAAAGUAGGAUAUUCUGUAUUUUGAUGUAAAGUAUAGAAAUUCUACAUUCUGAUGUAAAGUAAGAUAUCUGUCAUCUGAUGUAAACUGGUAAAGUAUGAUAUUCUGUCUUUUGAUUUAUAGUUAGAAAUUCUACAUUCUGAUGUAAAGUAAGAUAUCCGCCUUCUGAUGUAAAAGUAAGAUAUUCUGUAUUUUGAUGUAAAGCUAGAAAUUCUACAUUCUGCCUGUUUAGUAAAGGUAUGUUACCUUCUGAAGUAAAGCAAAUACAAUGUAUUUACGUCGAACCAGGGUGAUCUCACCUCUUGUCGUAAUUCUGCCUUUUUUUUAGUAAACAAGAGAUGUUUCCUGUCUUGGUAAGGUUGCAUAUGGUAAUUUCUACAUUGAAGAGCAAAUAUGUAUGUAUAAUGAGAGGCGACCGAUUUCUGCAGGUCAGUUGCAUUUGAUGUAGGAGUUUUUUUUUUAGCCUUUUCUCGCCUUCUUUAUGUGAUAGUUGACGAGUAUAUGUCGUGUACCAGGGGUACCAGGGGUACCAGGGGUACAAGGAGGUUUAUGAUUUACAGCACGGGUACUGGGUACCCUUUAUUUACCUAUGGACCGGUAUAUAGUAUACAUGUACCGUAGGAAAUAUAUUGUGGACAAUACCUGUGAUAGGGAAAUGGAGACGUCGAUCACCUAUGCAAAUCGGAGUACUGUUGUAUAUAAGUAGAGUUGUGUCUGUGUUGAGUUGGAAUGUUUGACUAUUAGUAAAUAUACUUAUAGUUACUAGAUUUGUAGCAUUAUGUUGUAUUGUGCAUAUCGGUGACAGCACCAGGACACCAAGCUCUCGACAGGAUCAUUUGACAACCAGCUCUCGACCGGAUGGUUUGACACCGAGCUCUCGACAGGAUGGUUUGACACCGAGCUCUCGACAGGAUAAUUUGACACCAAGCUCUCGACAGGAUAGUUUGACACUCAGCUCUCGACAGGACAGUUUGAUACCGAGCUCUCGACAGGAUAGUUUGAUAACGAGCUCUCGACAGGACAGUUUGAUAACGAGCUCUCGACAGGACAGUUUGAUACCGAGCUCUCGACAGGAUAGUUUGAUAACGAGCUCUAGACAGGAUAGUUUGAUACCGAGCUCUCGACAGGAUAGUUUGAUACCGAGCUCUAGACAGGAUAGUUUGAUACCGAGCUCUCGACAGGAUAGUUUGACACCGAGCUGUCGACAGGAUAAUUUGACACCAGGCUCUCGACAGGAUAGUUUGACACCAGGCUCUCGACAGGAUAGUUUGAUACCGAGCUCUCGACAGGAUAGUUUGAUACCGAGCUCUCGACAGGAUAAUUUGACACCAGCUCUCGACAGGAUAGUUUGACACCGAGCUCUCGACAGGAUAGUUUGACACUCAGCUCUCGACAGGAUAGUUUGAUACCGAGCUCUCGACAGGAUAGUUUGAUACCGAGCUCUCGACAGGAUAAUUUGACACCGAGCUCUCGACAGGAUAAUUUGACACCAGGCUCUCGACAGGAUAGUUUGACACCAGGCUCUCGACAGGAUAAUUUGACACCGAGCUGUCGACAGGAUAAUUUGACACCAGUUUUCGACAAGAUAAUUUGACAUCAGUUCCUGACAGGAUAGUUUGACACUCAGCUCUAGACAGGAUAGUUUGAUACCGAGCUCUCGACAGGAUAGUUUGACACCAGUUCUCGACAGGAUAGUUUGACACCAGGCUCUCGACAGGAUAGUUUGACACCAGUUCUCAACAAGAUUGAUUGAUACCCAGCUCCCGACAGGGUGAGAUUUUGGCAGGAUGGUUUACGUACAAGUUUUUUUAUGUCAGUAUUGCAAAAUACGUAGAACCGUCUUUUAGAGUUAUCACGUGACAUAAUUAAAUUCGAAUCUAUAAAAAAGAUAUCUAAUUAGCAAAAAAUUACUCGGGUUGCCAAGCUCCGAUUUGUCAAAUAAACAAUUUACACGUGUAACCAAGCUCCGAUUUGUCAAAUCAAACAACGUUGCAAAUUAUUGAUUACCCAGAGAGCAUUUAUUUUUACAUAUAUUAAAUGGAAUUCAUCUCUUCUGUAAAAUUAUUGUUAUUGAUUAGAAAUUAUAUAUAUAGCGUAUACGUCUUGGUUUCAUGAUUAAAAAUCGAUUGAAUUUCCCUUGCACGAUAUCUGCUCUGGUUGUCGCUGCUUUUCAGGAAUUUGAAAGGAAUAAAGAGUUAUUGU